UGUCCAGAGCAGCCAUCACAACCAAGUACAUGUCUAAAGCAGGUAUGUGUGUGUGUUCCAUCCAAUCUCCUGUUAAAUAAUAACUAUUUUUACACACUGGCCUUGAAUUUAGGUCGAACAGACAUGCUGACCCUCCUGGCUUGGGGGUGGAAUAAAAGGAAAGUGGAGAACAUGGGCCGCACUUUGAGCCAGAGAUACCUUAAGACUGUAAGGAUGCUUAAGGAACAAGUGGAGAGCCUGGAUGCUACCAAAGAUGAGCUGGGCGUAGAUGACAGCACAAUGCAGUCAUGGGUGUGUGAUGUGCAGCAAUGGGCUGAAGAAACUCAUCAGAGUGAUGGCAGCCUUGGGGCAUUACAGGCACAAAUAGAGGAGCUUGCUGUGAUCAUCAAAGUGCGAAGCCAAAAUCUCUACAGACAAACUGAUAGCAACAAGAGACGCCACAAAAUUCGAAAAGUCAUUUUGGAUGAGAAGAAACGCUUGUCAACUGCCGUUGAUGACUACAACAAGCUGGCUGAACCACCUUUACAGAUUGUGUCACUUGAUGCCAUCCUCCAGACUGACACGUGGCCUUGGCAGAACAUAAGACUUGCUGCAGACCUUCAGACCAAAAGGAAGGUGUUUGAGAAGGUGAUGGCUGUGAGGCGCCUGAAGGAGGAGGAAAUGCUCCUUUGCAAAGAAAUGCAGCAGCAUUGGACAGUGAUGAAGGCACAACAUUUGAAGCUGGGAACUAUCUCCUCCAACUCUUCUUUUGCUGACAUGUCUGAGGAUGCACAGAAGGGACUACGGUGUCUGGUGCUUAAAAAGCAAACAGAGCUGAAAGCACAAAUGCUGAAAGUGAAGGACUACUACAGCAGAAUCCUGAGCCACCAACCGCUCCUGGACAUAGACUCGGAGGAGGAGGAGAUGCCAGAAGAAAAUAAUGCAGCUGACAGUGAUUUCAGCACUUCUGACGAGGACUAAGUGUGUCUAGUUAUGUUGCCAAUUUCACCUGUAGGUCACACCUAUGCUCUUCUUGAUUAGUUGUGUAUCUGAUUUGAUUUUUUUUUUUUCUGUUUCCAAUGUUAAGACUGUCUGCUUUGAUACUACAGUUUUGACAUACUACUUCAUAAUUUUACCUUUGACAUAUGCAAUAUUUUCAUAUGCAAUGUUUAACUUUGCGUAAUUUUGUACAUAAUAUGAGCUCAUCUUAAUGUUGAAACCUGUAUCACAAAUAUGACUAAAACAUCUUUCUAUCACUUAAGAAUUAUUGCUACGGUGGAACCUUUUCUCUCUCUGGCUGACAUAUAUUUUCAGAUUAUUUUAAUAGUUAAUAAAUCACUCCAUAGUCAUGCACUUAAAUAUAUUUUAGGACUGCUCUCAAGAUACAUACCCAGUAGAUCCCUAAGGACGGUCCUGUGGCACUGUACUUUUAACAGUUCCAAAAGCCAGGACAAAGAGACAUGGAGAGGCAGCUUUUAGUUUAAGUAGCUUUACAAGUUUGCUUAAAUGUGUAUUGUGUUCUGUACAGUUUGUGUGUGUCCUAUGGUGUCUAAAGUAAUAGGCCUCUUGUUAAUCAAAUAUUUUCCAGUAACUUACCUUUAAAUGCUUAGUGUGUUUUGUAAUGUAUAUUGUCAUAAUGCACGCAUAUAAGCCUACCAGUCAUGGUAAAAUGUUGUUAUAAUGUGUUAUGCUUCUUAUGAUAUAGUACUUAUGUAGCCUGUUGUUAUGAAAUGUGUUAUCUAAAUUCAAUUUGAACUGGGAUUACUUUAACAAAUGUUUAAAAAAAUAUAUAUAUGGUCGUUGUCAAAGCUGUCGUUUUGACGUUUGUGGCUGUCUGAUAUGAAGACAAUCUCAGUAGGCCUAGGCUACGGUAA